CGUGAACACAGUAAGGAAGGACGUGACAAUAAAAAGGGAUGACGAAAACAUGAGGACACUUUUCAGUUUCCUUGUUGGCUGUAUUAUUAUAUAUUUCUGACAGAAAACACUUUUCAUAAGAACAGAACAGAGAGUUUAAGGUUAUUUCAGGGUGAAGGUUCUGUGGUGUUUGUGAAGGUUCUGUGGUGUUUGUGAAGGUUAUUUUGGGUUUGUGAUUGGUCAGUGAGAGGAUCUAAUGGAAGUUGAGGCAGAGAUUGAUCGCUUGCCCGUUGACUUGUUGGCUAAUAUUUUUGUUCUUUUCACUUCCUUCACUGAUUUGGCACAAGCGAGCGAGGUUUGCAAGAAAUGGAAACAAGGGGUGAAUGAGUCUCUGGCAUGCAGAGAGAAUCUCAGCUUUGCAGGUUGGAAAAUGGAUGAUGAAUCCACUGCUCGUCUUGUUUGUCAUGCCUACAAUCUCACCAAACUUCAUAUACCAAGAAGCCGUUGGUGUUGCCAAAUAACUGAUGCAGGACUUGUCAGAAUAUCUUUUGCUAAGUGUGUCAGCAAUCUCACAUCUAUAUCAUUGUGGGGUUUGACUGGCAUCACAGAUGAAGGUGUUGUUCAACUGAUAUCCAGAACUAGAUCUUUACAACAUCUGAAUGUUGGUGGUACAUUUAUCACGGAUGAAUCUCUGUUUGCCAUUGCAAGAAGUUGUCCAAAGUUGGAGACCAUUGUUCUUUGGAGCUGUCGCCAUGUAACUGAGAAUGGGCUUUUUGCCUUAGUUGACAAAUGUGUGGAGCUGAAAUCAAUGAAUUUAUGGGGAACAAGAGUUCCUGUGGACUGCCUCAACAAUCUACUUGUUUUAAGACCAGCACUUAUGAUCAAAGUUUGAAACUAGACUAAAUGUAUAGAAUGGUCUCCCUGGUUGUUUUCUACUGCUAUUUUUAUGUACAGAUUGUUUCGUUUUUCAAUUCAUAGAUUCAAUUCAACAUGCCUCAAAAGCUGAAUAUGUCAAAAUCCAUUUCUGCAAGUAGCUAUUGCUGUAAAGUUCAAUUCACAAAAACAAAGUCAUGAGUAAAGAAAGAUUAUUGAACUGUAUCUAUUCAUUUACCGACUUAUGUUAA